CGACAGCCGAGAAGCAGAAACACGACGGGCGGGUGAAGAUCGGCCACUACAUCCUGGGAGACACGCUGGGGGUCGGCACCUUUGGCAAAGUGAAGGGGUUGGAAGAGGAGAACCCUUCCUUCUCUUGCCCUUUGUGAGUCAUAGAACUGGAAAAUUGCUGUAUAGCCCACAGGGAAGCAACUGCCUAAACCUUCUUGUGAAAAUCAGCAAGGCCAACAAUUUGGUAAACAUGAAUUGACUGGGCAUAAAGUUGCUGUGAAGAUACUCAAUCGACAGAAGAUUCGAAGCCUUGAUGUGGUAGGAAAAAUCCGCAGAGAAAUCCAGAACCUCAAGCUUUUCAGGCAUCCUCAUAUAAUAAAACUGUACCAGGUCAUCAGUACACCAUCUGAUAUUUUCAUGGUGAUGGAAUAUGUCUCAGGAGGAGAGCUAUUUGAUUAUAUCUGUAAAAAUGGAAGGCUGGAUGAAAAAGAAAGUCGACGUCUGUUCCAACAAAUCCUUUCUGGUGUAGAUUAUUGUCACAGGCAUAUGGUGGUCCAUAGAGAUUUGAAACCUGAAAAUGUCCUGCUUGAUGCACACAUGAAUGCAAAGAUAGCUGAUUUUGGUCUUUCAAACAUGAUGUCAGAUGGUGAAUUUUUAAGAACAAGUUGUGGGUCACCCAACUAUGCUGCACCAGAAGUAAUUUCAGGAAGGUUAUAUGCAGGCCCAGAGGUGGAUAUAUGGAGCAGUGGGGUUAUUCUCUACGCUUUAUUAUGUGGAACCCUUCCAUUUGAUGAUGAUCAUGUGCCAACUCUUUUUAAGAAGAUUUGUGAUGGGAUCUUUUAUACCCCUCAGUAUUUAAAUCCCUCUGUGAUUAGCCUUCUGAAACACAUGCUGCAGGUGGAUCCCAUGAAGAGGGCCACAAUCAAAGACAUCCGGGAACAUGAAUGGUUUAAACAGGACCUUCCAAAAUAUCUCUUUCCUGAGGAUCCAUCAUAUAGUUCAACCAUGAUUGAUGAUGAAGCCUUAAAAGAAGUAUGUGAAAAAUUUGAGUGUUCAGAGGAAGAGGUCCUCAGCUGCCUUUAUAAUAGGAAUCACCAGGACCCUUUGGCAGUUGCCUACCAUCUCAUAAUUGAUAACAGGAGAAUAAUGAAUGAAGCCAAAGAUUUCUACUUGGCGACGAGCCCACCUGAUUCUUUUCUUGAUGAUCACCAUCUGACUCGGCCCCAUCCUGAAAGAGUACCAUUCUUGGUUGCUGAAACACCAAGGGCACGCCAUACCCUUGAUGAAUUAAAUCCACAGAAAUCAAAACACCAAGGCGUACGGAAAGCAAAAUGGCAUUUAGGAAUUAGAAGUCAAAGUCGACCAAAUGAUAUCAUGGCAGAAGUAUGCAGAGCAAUUAAACAAUUGGAUUAUGAGUGGAAGGUUGUAAACCCAUAUUAUUUGCGUGUGCGAAGGAAGAAUCCUGUGACAAGCACAUACUCCAAAAUGAGUCUACAGUUAUAUCAAGUGGAUAGCAGAACUUACUUACUGGAUUUCCGUAGUAUUGAUGAUGAAAUUACAGAAGCCAAAUCAGGGACUGCUACUCCACAGAGAUCGGGAUCAGUUAGCAACUAUCGAUCUUGCCAAAGGAAUGAUUCAGAUGCUGAGGCUCAAGGAAAAUCCUCAGAAGUUUCUCUUACCUCAUCUGUGACCUCACUUGACUCUUCUCCUAUUGAUUUAACUCCAAGACCUGGAAGUCACACGAUAGAAUUUUUUGAGAUGUGUGCGAAUCUAAUUAAAAUUCUUGCACAGUAAACCUAAAACUUUGCUUAUUUUUUGACAGCAAUAAGCAUGCAUACUAAGUCAUAGCCAAAUGCUUCCAUUUGUAAUCAAGUUAUACAGAAUUAUAACUAAGGAUUGGCCUUUGGAAUGCAAUUUGCACAGGGAUUGGGACUUGAUUAAUAUUAAAAGCUUAAUGUGCAGAAAUGAAUUAAGAUCAUUUUGUUUUUGUUCAGUAGGCAGAGAGCAUAAUAUACACAAUGGAUUGUAGGUCUCUCAGGCUCACUUGAUUUGGGGGUAUUUUAUAUUUAGUGUACACAGGGGCUUUGAGAAUAUUAAUUUACCAUAAAGGCCUUCAUGUAUUAUUACAUGUUGAUAUGUUAUAUAUUUACUUCAUAAAUUUAUUCAAUAAAUAAUUUGCCUAGAAAUCCCAGAGACCUUUAUAGGUGAUUUUGUGUCCUGGACUCCUUACCUUCUUAGAUAGCUAGUAUCUUCUAAUAGUAGUAACUCUGGAUAACUUCUUCCAUAUUUCCCUCUUAAAAUUCUACAGUGUAUGGUAAGUCAUGUCAAGUAUUAGACCCAAUUCAAAUUUUUUCUUUAGCUUCAUAAGUCCAAAAAACACACAGAAUUUAUAUAUUCAGAUACUCUAGCACUAAGUUUAAUCUUAUAAUUUUCCCAUUAUAUUUUGUACAUAAAGUAUUCUUUUUGUUAUAUAAACUGAGUUACAUAUACUAUAAAUAAAUCAUGUUUUUGCCAAUUUCACAAAUUCUUUUGCUUAUCUUAUCAGUCAGUAUUAAGUAUACCUAAAAAUUUCUAGUCAUUUAAUUACAUGAUUGUAAAAUUGGAUUCAGUGCAUAGAAAGAAUAUCUUUUACAAACUCUAAAUGCUUGGAUAUGACUUUUCCUCCAAAUUUUAUUAGGAACACUUUUAAAAUCAGAAAAAUUGAAAUAUUAUAGGGUGAUCACAUGUGUAUCUAUCAUUUAGAUUCAACAAUUUUAGUGUUUUGCCAUAUUUAUUUGAUCUAUUCCUCCAUGAUAUAUAUGUAUAAAGAUACAGAUAUGCAUAUGUGUGUGUGAACGUGUACAUCUAUGCUUUUUUCACGAAUCAUUUGGGUGGUACAGAUAUAUUUGCCCCCUUAAAUACUUUAAGCAUUUACUAAAAAUUACGACAUUCUCUAAAGCAAUUGUACGUGGUUAAAAAAAAUUAAAAAAUUUAAAAAAUGGUAUCCUUCUAAAAAAACAUAACAAUAUAAAAUUAAUAAUUUCCUAAUAUCAUCUAAUACUUAGCCCAUAUUUAAAUUUCCUCAGUUGUCUUCCAAAUUAUUUUUAUAGCUGGUUAUUUUAAACCAGGAUCCAAUUAAAGUUUAUAUGUUGCAUUUGGUUAUAUCGCUUUACUCAGAUAUAACACUAUUAUUAUUUUGAUAAAAUGUGGAACAAAUCAGUUCUUCCAGUUGGUCACAUUUGCUUUGGGUUUUAAUUACUUUCCUGAAAAUUAGCAUUAUGGAAAUUGUAUAAAAAUGUUUAAUAUUCCUAAGAUUUACAUUUAUAUUUUCUUUUUCAUACUCCUAGUAUUACAUAUUAAAUGUAAAUGAAAUUUAAAGUCACCUCAGAUAAAACUGGUAUCAUGUAUGUAUUAAUACAAAAUAUUGUACCACUUAUAUUUGCCUUAUAUUCAUGAUACUGAUUUUUUGUAUUAGUCAUUUUUCCCACUUCAACGGUGUUGUUUUUUUUUUUUUCCUAUUUUAAGAAUCAUUGUAUGUAUUUUAGGAUUGUUUUUGUUUUUGGCAAAUACAGCGAGCAUCUAUGUAACCAUACAAUGCACUCAAAUGUCCAGUGGCUUGUAUGAAUGAUUACUCUAGUCGUAGAUUUGACUCCAGCACGUACAGAAUCAUGCACUGAAUUCAAACUGAAAAAUCUUGUUUCUUUUUGUCCAGGCUUGUGCUAUUCAACUUUGAAUUUGGAAACUGUACAAAGUAAUAGAAAUUAUGUUUAAAUAUGUGUUCAAAACCUGUAUUUAUAUAAUAACUUGUUUGUUCCCCUUUGUUUGGGGGAUAUUGCUUUCACUUAAUUCUCUAAAUGCAGCAUUAUAUUCCUGAUGUUAAGAACAGAAGACUGUAUUUUUAAAGUUAUAGAUUUGUGAAUAGAAUUAAGUAAUGUCUCUAUAAGCUGUUGUGGGGAGGGGAGAAGAAAAGGAGGAACCAAUUGAAUAGGACCCUCUAAAAAUUGUUAAUUUUGUAAACUUCUUUUGUAAGUUAUUGUGAUUCCUUUAGUUACUGGGUUUUAUUUUGAAAAUAUUUAAAUAUUGCACUUGUACAAAUAGUAUGAUAAAUGCACAUAUUUUAAGCUAGAAUAUUUGAAAUGAUAACUUUUGGUUAAAUGCAUCAAGGUUAUGACAGGAGUUUCAUGAAUUUAUUGUGGUUAGCAAAUUCUUACCAAUACUGAAGAUGUAAAGGGAGUCGAUGCAAAUGAUUUUUAAUCUUUUUUUAUUAUCUUUUCAGCAAUUUAUAUUUUUUUGUGAUUUUAUGCAACCACAUUUUUACUUUGUCUUGACAACCGAAAGAUGUAUAAGGUUUUUGCCAGAAAUGUACUGUAUACAUAGUUUUAAAUAUAAUGGAUUUUACUGAUAUGUAAAAAUUUUUCCAUUAAAAUAAUUGAUUUCUCACUGAGAGGAACUUUUCUACUAGAUUGGGGCAUAUGGGAGCUUAAUAUAUCAUAUCUAAUUUAAAAUGAUUUCACUGAAAUAAACUGUUUGGCUUUUAC